AUGAGCCAACUUCUCACUCCGCGUCAGGCGGAGGAGCUACAUAAAGGAAUAAUCGCCUACCUCACCUCUGUCAAUUUACAUCAAAGUUCCACUGCUUUACGAGAAGAACUUGGCGACUCGGUUACAGUUGACGAUACCACACUUAAGAAAUACGAGGGACUGUUGGAAAAGAAAUGGACGAGCGUAGUUCGAUUACAGAAGAAGAUUAUGGACUUGGAAUCGCGAUGCGCUUCACUCCAGGCGGAGCUGGAUACCGCAACUCCCACUUCUCUCUCUCGAAGAAAUCAAGACCCUGCCUCCUGGCUGCCGAGGGCACCGCCGCGCCAUAACCUCGAAUCACACCGUUCGCCCGUAUCAUGCGUUGCUUUCCAUCCAAUAUUUUCUUCACUCGCCUCCGGCUCAGAUGAUACCACUAUCAAGAUUUGGGAUUGGGAGCUCGGUGAACUAGAGAGGACGAUCAAAGGACAUACGAGGGCGGUGUUGGAUGUCGACUAUGGAGGUCCGCGCGGAGGCACCCUUCUUGCUUCUUGCUCGUCAGAUCUAACGAUCAAGCUGUGGGACCCGGCGGACGAGUAUAAAAACAUUCGAACGUUGCCGGGGCACGACCACAGCGUUUCAGCGGUUCGAUUCAUUCCAUCUGGGGCUGCAGGUUCUCCAAUGUCAGGGAAUCUGCUGGUCUCUGCUUCUCGCGAUAUGACACUGCGUAUUUGGGAUGUGACAACAGGGUAUUGUGUCAAGACCCUGCAAGGCCAUGGAGACUGGGUUCGAGAUGUAGCGCCGUCCCCAGACGGCCGAUUUCUCUUCUCUGGUGGAGAUGAUCGAGUUCCGCGUCUAUGGGACGUCUCAUCUGGGGAAACAAAGUCAACGUUCCUAGGACACGAACAUUAUAUCGAAUGUGUGGCAUUCGCCCCGCCAACAAGUUACCCUCAUAUCGCACCCCUUGCAGGACUCAAGAAGCCCCCACCAGCAUCAUCAUCCGCCGAGUUUGUGGCAACAGGCUCCCGUGAUAAGACUAUCCGCUUGUGGGAUACUCGUGGAAACUGUAUCAAGACGCUCGUUGGCCAUGAUAAUUGGGUCCGCGCAUUGGUUUUCCAUCCCGGCGGCAAGUACUUACUCUCGGUAUCUGACGAUAAGACGUUGCGAUGCUGGGAUCUCACGCAGGAGUGCAAGUGUGUACGCACUAUAGUGGCCCACGACCACUUUAUCAGUACGAUCCGCUGGGCACCACCUUUAAUUAAAGAUACCGGUGUCAGCGAUGCGAACGGCGCGGAAGCUGCAAAUGGGGCAAAAGAGGACCCUAAUGCGACCAAAAUGUCUAUCCGGUGCGUCCUGGCGACGGGCAGUGUUGACCUCAAGGUCCGAGUCUUUGCAUCAUGA